AUGGCUGGGAAAGAUAGAAUCCUUGUUUUGGGACCCACAGGAGCCAUUGGAAGACACAUUGUAUGGGCCAGUGUGAAAGCAGGCAAUCCCACCUAUGUGUUGGUCAGGGACACUCCUCCCUCUGUCGACAAGCCCAGGCUGGUCACCGCUGCCAAUCCUGAAACCAGGGAGGAGCUUCUUCAGAACUUCCAAAAUAGUGGAGUCAUUCUCAUCCAGGGAGAUAUGAAUGAUCAUCAAAGUCUGGUAAACGCAAUCAAACAAGUUGAUGUUGUAAUAUGCUCAUUUGGCAGACUACUAAUUGAAGACCAGGUGAAGAUCAUUGCAGCAAUAAAAGAAGCUGGAAACGUCAAGAGAUUCUUCCCGUCUGAAUUUGGGUUGGAUGUGGAUCGUCAGGAUGCAGUGGAACCAGUGAGAGAAGUUUUCGAGGAAAAAGCAAAAAUCCGGAGAGUGAUUGAAGCUGAGGGAGUCCCUUACACUUACCUAUGUUGCCAUGCUUUUACUGGUUACUUCUUACGCAACCUGGCACAGAUUGAGACCACUGUUCCUCCCCGCGACAAGAUAUACAUUCAAGGAGAUGGAAAUGUCAAAGGAGCGUAUGUGACUGAAGCUGAUGUGGGGACUUACACCAUCGAAGCAGUGAAUGACCCAAACACCUUGAACAAGGCCGUGCACAUAAGACUCCCUGCCAACUAUUUGUCUUUAAAUGAGAUUGUGUCUUUGUGGGAGAAUAAAAUCGGAAAGACUCUCGAGAAGAUUUAUGUUCCUGAGGAAAUUGUUCUAAAGCAGAUUCAGGAGUUUUCAUUCCCAAAUAAUUACCUGCUGGCAUUAUAUCACUCACAGCAGAUAAGGGGAGAUGCAGUGUAUGUGAUUGAUCCUGCCAGAGACGUUGAGGCUUCCGAGGCUUAUCCUCACGUUCAAUACACCACCGUGGAUCAAUAUUUGAACCAGUUUGUGUGA